AGAACACGGAGACGGGGAGUCAUUCGCGGUAGUGUGAGGCAUAAACGCGCCGGCACCACACCCAGCGUGACCACCAUUGCGACACGGGACACAGGAUACGGCCAUGCGCGUCGCGGUGAUCUUGUUGGCGUGCGUCACUGCGCUGGCUUCGGCCCAAUUUAACCAGGAUGACAAUUUACCAAAAGGAUCGCCUCUUCGAUCAACUCGUUUCCAGAGACUUCCAUCUGCUCGACCAGCACUUCCAACGCAAGCUGGACUUGCGAAUCAACGAAUUCGCCGUCCAAUUACAUUUAGACCCAAAGGAGCAGAAGAUUCAAUCGGAACAGGUCCAGGUUUCACACCCAUCAGAUCAUUGCGACCAAAUCUACCCACAGGACCAACGGCACUUCCUCAACAAAUUAAACCAGUGAACGAGGAGCCAGAUGAAACGCGAAACCGCGAACCACCUCGAAAUCACAAUAAUCAAGAUGACGAUACCGAUCUAAGUGACGACCUUCCAGACAGUCAAGAAGGAAGCGAAGAAAGCGAAGAAAACGUGCCACGAGCAGUUCCAAAUCUUGGUACAGUAGGUUCGAUAUCGAGAACUUCCGCCAACAUUGGCCCGACUGCACAACCAGUGCAAUAUCGUCCUGUUUCGGGAUCAGGAAGUCCAACUGCCAGAGGAAGUGGAAUUCCAACCGCACCAGCAUUAGCACCAGUUCAAUAUCGACCGACGGCAAAACCGAACAAACCAAGGAAACCGAUAGAAGAACCAUUUAAGCAACAGGUUAAACCACCUGCAAAAUCAGUAAAACCAUCUCAAUCUUACGAUGCUCGCGGAAAGAAGCCCGUUGCACAGAUUAUUAGUCGAUAUCGCAACGAUAAUCAGGACGGCUCAAUCACCUGGGGUUUCGAGAACGACGACGGAUCAUACAAAGAAGAAAUAAUCGGCGUCGAUUGUAUCACUAGAGGUAAAUACGGCUAUAUCGAUCCAGAUGGUAUUCGUCGAGAAUACACGUACGAAACUGGUAUCAAAUGCGACGAGGAACAACGAGAAGAAGAAGAAGAGAACGGGUUCGUUGAUUACCAAGAGAAUAAACUAGUACUCCCCGAUGGUAAAACCAUAGAUCUAUCGAGUAUGGGUAAAAAGCAAACUCGUAGACCUCGUUACCAUUAGUAAUAUACUUUAUAUAAUUUCUUUCUUUUUUGUGUUUUCAUAUCGAACAAUCGAAACUUUGAUCAUUAAAAUUCAAACGAAAAUUUUCAUGCGAUCUUUUUCUCAUAAUUCAUCAAUUUUUUUAAAUAUUUAAUAGUACCAUAUUUCAGGUGAUGUUAAGAAAAAAGCUUUAUUAAGUAAAACAUAAUAUGUAACAUAAAAUAACAAGUUAAAUUACUAAUCGUCGGAAACUAUAAGUUAGAACAUAGUUGGCGAUUAUUUAUCUCGAUAAUAACGACGCUUAAAAUUAAAGUAACAUUGAAUCGUUUAUUUCAUAAAGCAUGGAUCAAGUAAUACAAUACAAGUUCUGUCGUGACCAUUGUCAUCGUGUGUUCUUUGUGUUCGAAAUUUGUAAUUAGAAUUAGUUAGUAUGUAUUUCUAUAUCGUGUACAUAUAAAUGUAGGUACCUGUAUCGAGUUCGUCGAAUAAAAAUAACAAAAUACAUGUAA